UGACGGCAGUUGGGACUAAGGUGCAAGUGGUAAGAAGCCAAAGGAUUCCGGAUAAGUUCUGAAGGUGGAGUCGACAGGAUUUACUGACCGGUUGAAUGAAAGGAGUGUAAAAGAAGGCUGCAGUGUUAAUGGGAUUCAGUCAAGGAGCAGCCUGGGGAGGGCGGUGGCAAAGGCGGAGGGCGAAUCAAGGAUUCUGUCGGGUUUAUGCUACUUUUGAGAUGCCUACAAGACAGCCAAGUGGAGAUGCUAUAUGAGCCCGGCGCUUACGUGUCUCCGCAGGUUCUUCUGCCCCCCGCCCUGUGUCUACCUCGCAGGUCCCGGCUGGAGGGUGAAGCCAGUGCAGGGCCAAGCCCACCAGGCAGGGGAGACCGGGCCCACGGUGUGCGGUUACAUGGGACUGGACGGCGCGUCCGGAAGUGCUGCCGAGACGCAGAAGUUGAAUUUUGAGGAGCAGGCGGACUCCAGGGAAUUCGGUUGCGCCAAGACCCUGUUCAUCUCGGACGCAGACAAGAGGAAGCACUUCCGGCUGGUGCUGCGGCUAGUGCUCCGAGGGGGCCGGGAGCUGGGCACCUUCCACAGCCGCCUCAUCAAGGUCAUCUCGAAGCCCUCGCAGAAGAAGCAGUCGCUGAAAAACACCGACCUGUGCAUAUCCUCGGGCUCCAAAGUCUCCCUCUUCAACCGCCUGCGCUCCCAGACGGUGUCCACACGCUACCUCUCUGUGGAGGACGGGGCCUUCGUGGCCAGCGCGCGCCAGUGGGCUGCCUUCACGCUCCACCUGGCUGAUGAACACUGUUCCCAGGGGGACUUCCCACCUCGAGAGGGCUACGUCCGCUAUGGCUCCCUGGUGCAGCUUGUCUGCACUGUCACAGGCAUCACACUACCUCCAAUGAUCAUCCGCAAAGUAGCCAAACAGUGUGCACUCCUUGACGUGGAUGAGCCCAUCUCCCAACUGCACAAGUGUGCCUUCCAGUUUCCGGGUGGUCCUCCAGGAGGGGGUGGCAGCUACUUAUGUCUCGCCACAGAGAAGGUGGUGCAGUUCCAGGCCUCCCCCUGCCCCAAGGAGGCGAACAGGGCGCUGCUCAACGACAGCUCUUGCUGGACCAUCAUCGGUACCGAGUCGGUGGAAUUCUCCUUCAGCGCCAGCCUGGCGUGUACCCGGGAGCCCGUCACUCCGGUGCCCCUCAUCAGCACCCUCGAGCUGAGUGGCGGGGGCGACGUGGCCACGCUGGAGCUCCACGGUGAGAACUUCCACGCGGGGCUCAAGGUGUGGUUCGGGAACGUGGAGGCUGAAACCAUGUACAGGAGCCCGCGGUCCCUGGUGUGCGUGGUGCCGGACGUGGCGGCCUUCGGCAGCGACUGGCGCUGGCUGCGCACGCCCAUCACGGUGCCCGUGAGCCUCGUGCGCGCCGACGGCCUCUUCUACCCCAGCGCCUUCUCCUUCACCUACACCCCCGAAUACAGCGCGCGGCCCGGGCCCCCGGGUGCCCCCGAGCCCGCCGCCGACGCCGACGCGCUCCUCGAGAGCAUCCACCACGAGUUCACGCGCACCAACUUCCACCUCUUCAUCCAGACUUAAGGGCGGCCUGGACCCUGCGGCUGAGGUCCGCCCCCGGGCCAUUUUUCUGGGUCCUAGGCUCUGCUCGCUGCGCCUUUGCUGCGGGAGCGAAGGAGGCAGCCCCAGCAGCAGAAGGCUCUCGCGGGAGAAACCCGGCCCAGCG